AUGUCAAGUAAUCGCAAGUUGGAUGAUGUACAUCAUAAAUUCAUCCUCGACUGUUCCAAGGCUAAUAUAGGACCCACGCUUACAUUUAAGGUAUUGAAGGAAAUUCUUGGUGGGUUUGACCUAGUUGGUUGCACUGUUGGGGAUAUCAGGAAUGCCUUACGGGACAUCAAAGCAUAUGCACAAGGAUUUGAUCUACAAAUGGUGUUGGAUGAUAUGGAUAAGAAGAAAGAGAUGUCCGAGGCGUUCACCUAUCACUACGAAAUUAACGAUUCCGACCAGUUGGUUGCUCUGUUUUGGUGCGACGGUUUGAUGAAGCAGAAUUACCACAUGUUUGGUGAUAUUGUGUCCUUCCACUCAACGUACUGUAUGAUCUUCACUCCUUUCACCGGAAAGGAUAAUCAUGGUAGGCCUGUGAAAUUUGCCGCCGGGUUGGUGCGCGGCGAGAAAACAGGGGCAUUUGCUUGGUUGUUCAGACAUUUCGUUGAUUGUAUGGGUGUAGCACCCAGGAUGAUUGUGACCGAUCAAGAUUUAGGCAUGAGAUCAGCUAUUGAAGAGGUUCUAGUCCGCACACGUCACCGUUGGUGUAUGUGGCAUAUAAUGCAUAAGUUGGCUGUCAAGGUACCAAACAGAUUGUUGCGAGACGACGAGUCCAAAAAGGAAUUCAAUGCUUGUGUGUGGUCGGACCUUGUAGAGCCGGACAAAUUCGAGGAGGAGUGGAAUAGAUUGGUCGAACAUCAUCAGUUAGAGGACAUCGAUUGGUUCAACACAUUGUAUGCGUAUAAGCAAUACUGGAUACCGGCGUACUUCAGGGAUUUUCCUAUGGGAUCGAUGAUUAGGACUACGUCCAUAUCUGAAUCAGAGAACAGUUUUUACAAAAAUUUUCUGAAGCCCCGAGCUAACAUAGCUGAAUUCUACUUGAAUUUCAACCACGGCAUAGAAUUCCAGCGGAACAGUAGAACAGUGUUGGACUACCACGAAGCCACUGCCAUACCCAUACUUGCAACAACUCUGCCGUUCGAGAAACAUGCUUCCACGCUGUAUACCGACAGUUUGUUCAAGAAAAUACAAGAAAAAUUGUGGAGGACUGAUGAUACUUACUCGUGCGAAUGCAAACUAUUUGGGCGGCAUGGUUAUUUGUGCAGCCAUAUAUUUUUCUUGUUUCGGAACAAUGAGGUGAAAAAAAUCCCGAACAAAUACUGUGACAGCCGAUGGAUGAAGACUCCCUUAGCCAAGGCUGUACAUGGGGAGUUUCAGGAUCCCCUGCUUACCCAUUCCUCCGUUGACAAUAGGCAAACUGUGUCUAAGCAGGCGAUUUCGAUGUUUUAUGGGUUUCUUAGACGAUUUGAGACCGACAUCGAGGUGUUACGUGCAUUCGUAGGUGGCGUCGAAGAACUUGGUAACUCUCUGCAAACUGGUACUCCGUCAACCUCAGCCGCUGAGAAGAGGCGUAUGGUAGAGGAGUUUUAUGGAAUGGUAAGGCCUGAAUCUGUUGAGGUUCAUCCUCCGGAUGUCGUGUAG